AAGCAAGUGAGAAUAGUUAUACUUUAAUAUUUCUUUUCCCAUAUGAUGAGUGUGGUGAUGGGUGGGUGAGUCCGAAUUGUGAAAGUAAGCAAAGAUGGCUUUCACGGAAUCGUCUCUCCUCCUUCCUUCGGUUUCAGGAACCAACAAGAACAAGAACAAGGUUCCAGAAGACAAAUGGUAUUUAGCCUACAUUGUGUAUUUUACCCUGGGUCUCGGUUACCUUCUCCCAUGGAACGCUUUCAUCACCGCCGUUGAUUACUUCUCCUUUCUCUACCCUGACGCCAGCGUUGACCGCAUCUUCGCCGUGGUUUACAUGAUAGUCGGGCUGGUGGGGAUCUCCCUCAUAAUCCUCUACAGCCACAAGUCUGACGCCUAUGUGAGGAUCAACGUUGGAUUGGCCCUAUUCGUCGUUUCGCUUCUCGUCGUUCCCCUCCUUGAUGCCUUUUACAUAAAGGGUCGGGUCGGGUUUUAUAGCGGGUUCUACGUCACCGCCGGCGCCGUUGGACUUUCCGGCGUGGCCGAUGCGUUGGUGCAGGGCUCCAUUGUUGGCUCCGCGGGCGAGCUGCCCGAUAGGUAUAUGCAAGCUGUCAUCGCCGGCACUGCUGCUUCUGGAGUGCUUGUUUCUGCCCUGAGGAUAUUUACAAAAGCUGUUUACCCACAAGAUGCCUCUGGCCUGCAAAAGAGUGCAAAUCUCUACUUCUCUGUAUCAAUCGUGAUUGUGUUCUUAUGCAUGGUUUUCUACAACAUGGUGCACAAACUUCCUGUGAUGAAGUACUAUAAGGAACUUAAGGUUGAGGCAGUCACUGCAAAUGAAGACAAUGGUCCCCUGACUGGACCUGUCUGGAGGUCAACUGUAUGGAAUAUUGUGCGGAGAAUCAGGUGGUACGGGUUUGGCAUUGUGCUCAUUUAUGUUGUGACUCUGGCAAUAUUUCCUGGUUACAUUACAGAGGAUGUUCACUCUCAAAUUCUUAAGGAUUGGUAUCCAAUUCUCCUAAUUGCUGGCUAUAAUGUGUUUGAUCUUGUUGGCAAGUGUCUGACUGCAGUUUACCUCCUACAGAAUGCAAAAGUUGCCAUAGGUGGUUGCAUAGCAAGAUUGUUGUUUUUCCCUCUCUUCUUAGGUUGCUUGCAUGGUCCCAAAUUCUUCCGGACUGAGAUUCCCGUGACAAUACUGACUUGCCUGUUAGGGCUUACUAAUGGCUACCUAACCAGUGCAUUGAUGAUUCUGAUUCCUAAAAUUGUAAUGUUGCAGCAUGCAGAGACUGCAGGGAUUGUGAGUGUAUUAUUCUUAGUUUUUGGUCUAGCUGCUGGGUCUGUUAUAGCUUGGUUUUGGGUCAUCUGACCAAGCAAUUUGUGUUAAUUUGGGAACUUCGAUACGUGUCUUGUGGCUUCACUCAAUCAGAAGUCAAAACUGGGAUGAAUUUCCUUCAUUUGUUUCCUGAAAAUGUGGAAAUUUGUAAGCUUAUAUGUUGAUAUAAUAAUGUUAUUUGUCAAUUCUAAUGAGCUAUUGUCGUUGAA